AUGUAUUGUAGUUCGGGCAGGGGAGAUGAUGUUCGACGGAAGGAAAAGUUAAACAAUAUUGAAUCAGCUUUGGAGAUUGCCAAGUUCUUAGUGAAAAAAGAUACCUCAUGGGAGCAGACUAGUUCUGCAAUUGACCUGAGUAAGACGAAGCCGCACAAAUACGGUCCUAGUAGUUCUGAUGAUUUUCCGUCUACUGAGAAAGAAGGUAGUGGAGAAGAGCUGUCCUCUUCUAAUUCUCUUAAACAGGUGAAAAUGGGAGGAAUUACGCCAUUGUUUCUAGCAACAAAGUCAGGCUGCAUAGAAAUCGUCAAAGAAAUACUGAAAAUAUACCCUCAGGCAGUGGAGCACAAAGAUAACGAAGAGCGGACUAUAUUGCAUGUGGCUAUCAAGUACCGCCAGUUGGAGGUUUUCGAACUUGUGUCGAACAUGGAAGUAGUAAUGAGGUGGAUGGUACGAAGGAUUGACAACAAAGGGAACACUAUUCUGCAUAUGGUUGGAAUAAAAAGAGAGGAUUAUGUACCUGAGAAGUUACGUGGCCCUGCAUUUGAAUUGCAAGACGAGAUGAUUUGGUUUGAGGUGCUUGCACUUUAUUUUUUUAGCAACUCCAUUUGCAUCUGUUAA